AUGGUGCUGCGAGGCACUUAAUUGCUCGAGAAGAGCCUCGACCGAGGUAAUAUCGUUUGGGGAAUUCAAGCUGUUACUGGUAUGUUCUUACUAUCUGUGUGAUGAUAGCUGUGUUUUUAUAUCUCAAAGUUUGGAAUUAGCUCGAGGAUACAUGACGAAUGAUGAUCUUGAGAAAGCAAUGAAGGAUUUCACCAAGAGAUGCAGCAAGAUCUCAAGAUUAUACAGGUAAUUACUUGGCUGAUUGAUGUGCCCAACGGAAUAAUCGUUUACAAAUCAGUAGCUGGCAUUUUCCCAGAGUCAGUAUUCUUGAUUUGAUAUGAAUUUUUUUAUGGUGUUGUUGAUUUUGUUCUUUAUUUCUCUCUUUGAGGGUUUUCUGGAACGUGCUUUCAGCAUCGGAAAGAGUGUCACUGGCUUUCCUUUGUGGGUCAUAGAGAUUUCAGACAGGCCUGGAGAGAUAGAGGCUGAACCUGCAUUCAAGUACAUUGGAAAUGUACAUGGAGAUGAACCUGUAGGGCGUGAGCUCUUAUUACGUCUUGCAAACUGGAUUUGUGAUAACUAUGGGAAGGAUCCAUUGGCUAAAAUGAUUGUAAAUAAUGUUCACCUUCAUAUAUUGCCAUCAUUGAAUCCAGAUGGCUUUUCAGUCAGGAAACGUAAUAAUGCAAACAAUGUAGAUCUAAAUCGCGACUUCCCUGACCAGUUCUUUCCCUUAAAUGAAGACUUGAGUUUGAGGCAACCUGAAACUACGGCAGUUAUGACUUGGUUGAGAGAUAUACGAUUCACAGCGUCGGCUACUCUGCACGGGGGUGCCCUGGUCGCAAAUUUUCCAUGGGAUGGUACGGAGGAUAAGAGGAAAUACUAUUAUGGAUGUCCUGAUGAUGAGACAUUCCGGUUCUUGGCACGUAUUUAUAGCAAAUCUCACCGUAAUAUGUCAUUGAGCAAAGAAUUUGAGGAAGGAAUCACAAAUGGAGCAUCCUGGUACCCAAUUUAUGGUGGUAUGCAGGACUGGAAUUACAUACAUGGAGGAUGCUUUGAAUUGACUUUGGAAAUAAGUGACAACAAGUGGCCUCCUGCAUCAGAGCUUCCCACCAUUUGGGAAUACAACAGAAUGAGCAUGCUGAAUCUUGUUGCAAGCCUAGUGAAGACAGGAGUUCACGGACGGAUCUUUUCCUUAGACAAGGGAAAGCCACUUCCUGGGAUUGUUGUGGUCAAGGGAAUUAACUAUACGGUUAAAGCUCAUCAAGCGUACGCAGACUACCAUCGCUUGCUUACACCUGGACAGAAAUAUGAAGUAACGGCGUCGUCUCCUGGAUACAAACCGAAAACGACAAGUGUUUGGUUAGGUGAAAACGCAGUUACCGCUGAUUUCAUACUUAUCCCAGAAGCAAGUUCCGGAGGCAAACUACUGAGAAGCAACUGUGACUGUAACUGCGGUCAGCCGCUUUUAACGCACUUUUUCACGGAUACGUAUAACGGAAUCACGUUUACGCUUGUUGUGGUUGUAGCGUUCCUGUGUUUUUUGUUGCAAAGGAGAGUGAGAUUUAACCUAUGGAAGCAAAGACAAUCCUCUAGAAGAUCAAUAACAAUAUGAUGUAUAGGUAUAAUUACACAACUUUUUACUUUAAUAAGCAGAACCAGAAUCCUACCCCCUUGAGCCCAUUGUUCGUGUAGUUUGUUGCCGAUUAAACAUUUUAUUUGAAUCAUUACUUUGAAAGAAAGA